AAACAUUUUUUUUCUUAUUUUCUUUCUUCCACAUUGGAAUGGAAGAUCAACAACAAAACCAACAUGUUCAGUCUCAAAGUUCCAAUACUAAUAAUCCAAACAACACUGAAAAGAGUGAAACUGUGAGAUCAAGAUGGACACCAAAACCUGAACAAAUCCUUAUACUUGAAUCCAUUUUCAAUAGUGGAAUGGUCAAUCCACCAAAAGAUGAAACCGUUAGAAUAAGAAAACUUCUUGAGAAAUUUGGAGCUGUUGGUGAUGCCAAUGUUUUUUAUUGGUUUCAGAAUCGCCGCUCUCGCUCUCGACGCCGUCAGAGGCAGAUGCAGGCCGCCGCCCAACUAGGCGGUGGCAGUACAAAUGCAAAUCCAUACCACCAAUACCAGUGCAGUACCAACAGUACCUCUUUGUCUCUUGGUACUGCACUUGGUUUUGGUGGUUCCUCAACUUUCACUAUGAAUUCUUCUUCUUGUUCAACUUAUAAUAAUAACUUUUCGGGUUCGUCUUCAUCAUGUGCUGGUGGGGUUGGUGCUGGUGCUGGUGUUGGGGUUGGUCUUGGUCUUGGUGCUGGUGCUGGUGGAGAAGAAGGGUUUGGUGGUUUGUACUUAGGCUCUACUCAAAUCAAUUUGCCUCAAAUGGAGAAUACUUCAGCUGCUUCAUCAAUUAUGCAGCCUUCUGAUCAUGCUUCAAAUUUCAACUAUUACCCAGGGGGAAUAGGAUAUGGGGGGAGUAAUGUUUCAGGUGUGAUCACAGUGUUUAUCAAUGGAGUUCCAACAGAAAUGCCAAGGGGUACUGCAAUUGACAUGAAAACAAUGUUUGGUGAAGAUGUAAUAUUGGUUCAUUCCUCUGGAGUCUCAGUUCCAACCAAUGAGUUUGGUUUCUUGAUGCAGAACUUGCAGCAUGGUGAAAGCUACUAUCUGGUGUCAAAGCAAGCACAAGCAUGAU